GGAUUGGAACACCUGAAUCACAUGAUUGGGAGGGGAUUGGAACACCUGAAUCACAUGAUAGGGAGGGGAUUGGAACACCCGAAUCACAUGAUUGGGAGGGGAUUGGAACACCUGAAUCACAUGAUAUGGAGGGGAUUGGAACACUUUAAUAACAUGAUUGGGAGGGGAUUGGAACACCUGAAUCACAUGAUAUGGAGCUGAUUGGAACACCUGAAUCACAUGAUAUGGAGCGGAUUGGAACACCUGAAUCACAUGAUUGGGAGGGGAUUGGAACACCUGAAUCACAUGAUUGGAGGGGAUUGGAACACCUGAAUCACAUGAUUGGGAGGG